UUACCAACUUAUACUUAUUGCAAAUUUAAAUGAGUUGUUUUCGAGGACACAAAAACAAAUGCAUAAUAUAGUCUCAUAGUUCAAAAUUCUUAUCGUGACACGAGGAAAACAGCAUAGAUGUUUUAUUGUGACCUAGUACGCAGUCUAUGACGGAUAGAAGAGUUCUUUCAUAGAGGGCAGACCUCUAAAUGAGUGCAUCUUAACAGACGUUGUACCUAAGGGGGACAAUCGGUUGACCUUGUAGUAACAAGUGCUUGUUAUCGUGUGUAGUAUCAAUAAGCCAGUUGUUUGAGUUGGUAGCGAGCCUACUGCGACGGAAACGCACAGUUAGUAAUCAUAACGUUCACGUUUGUGAAGAUUUAGAUAUAAUUGUUUGUCAAUUGCAACCGGCGUUAUUUGCCGAGAGACUCCCGCGGUGCAAGAUGUCGGUAAAAGUGCAGAAGAUCACGGAGCCCCUGCUGCUGGGCGAGGGUCCGCACUGGGACGAGCAGCAGCAGGCGCUGUUCUUCGUCAGUAUACAGGAGCACACCAUACACAAGUACGUACCCGCCACUGGAGUGCACACCAAGACCAAACUUGGCGGUCGUGUCGGCUUCAUAGUGCCGGUAGAAGGCACCAGUGACCAGUUCCUAGUGGGUGUGGAGCGCAAGUUCCAGGUGAUCAGUUGGGAUGGAGCUGAUGGAAGCCCAGCCACCGUGGUCAAGGAGCUCGAAGAGGUGGACCGUGAUAUACCUACCAAUAGGAUCAACGAUGGCAAGGCUGAUCCCAGGGGCCGAGUGUUUGCAGGAACAAUGGGCCAUGAAAGUCCUCUAGGCAACGUCGCUCUGAACAAAGGCAACCUGUUCCGGCUGGAUGGAGGGAAGGUGACGAAGGUGGUCAACCAGGUCAGCAUCUCCAACGGCCUGGCCUGGGACGUCCGGGAGAAGGCCAUGUACUACACGGACUCACUCGAGAAGAAUAUCAGGAGAUACGAUUAUAAUGUGGACACUGGAGAAAUUUCCAACGUCAAGUACAUCUUCGACUUCGAAAAGAACAAGAUAGAAGGGGUUCCAGAUGGCACCACUAUCGACACUGACGGUAACCUCUGGGUUGCUGUGUUCGAAGGCUCCUGCAUCCUCAAAAUUAAUCCCAAAACUGGAGAACUGCUGCAGAAGGUCCCCAUACCAGCGUCACAAGUGACCUCGGCCACAUUUGGAGGUCCGAACUACGACAUUAUGUUUGUAACGACCGCAAGCCUGAACAUUCGUGAAGCCCAGGAUCCGCCUUGUGGAUCCACGUUCAUGGUCACCGGACUGGGGGUCAAGGGAUACCCCAAUGUUAAUUUUAAGCUUUAAUUAUUCAUAUAAUCAUUGAUAAUUUAGUUAAAUAUUUAAUUAUAUAAACCUAUUUACAAUUUUACAAGCUUAUCUAAAUGUUAAUAACGUAUUGUUUAAAUUGAAUUAAAAAAAUUAUGAUAAAACAAAAUGACAAGGAGACCACUAUUAGACUGAUAUGUUUAUUAUUAUAAUACGUAAUCUA